AUGAUGUGCAAAGUACUGAUCUUCAGCUGUAUUUCAGCAGUAAUGCUUAUGACUGCAGCUUAUGGAGCACCUCUGUCAAAAGACGAAGAAGGGCGCCUUCUUAAAGCUUUAAUAGAAGAUUUAAAACUCCUGGAAAAAAGCAAGGACAAGAUUCAUUUUGAACUUUACACGCCAGAUGAGAAACAGGAGUGCAACCGGACAUCUCUACAAUGUUACCUGAGAGAACUGAGCACCUUGGAGAAUGAAAUUGAAGAGGAGGAUGCUGAUAAUCUUCAAAAUAUCAUAAAGAAUCUCCAGAGUCUUACGGCAGGCAAUCAGGUCCUAAUUCCCCAAGGAAAUAGAUGCAAGACCUGUGAAGCAAACCAGAAGAAGAACUUUACUGCAUUUCACCAUGAACUGAACAACCUUCUGAAAUCUAUGCUAAAAUAA